UCACUAAUCUCUUACAACACCUCUUUCCUUAUAUAUAUCGACCCAACAUCACUUACUAUAUUCAUUAACCUUCUGCUUCAUCAAAAAUACAGAGACACAACAAAGAGAGAGAGAUAUGGAAGUAAUGCGAGUUCUUCACAUGAACAAAGGAAACGGUGAAAACAGUUAUGCCAAGAACUCCACCGCUCAGCGCAACAUGAUGACUCUAGGCAGAAGGGUGAUGGACGAGGCCUUGAGGAAGCUUAUGAUAAGCAAUUCGGAAAUUUCAAGCAUUGGAAUCGCCGACUUAGGCUGCUCCUCCGGUCCGAAUAGUCUCUUGUCCAUCUCCAACAUUAUCGACACAAUCCAAAACUUGUGCCCUGACCUCGACCGUCCGGUCCCUGAGCUCAGAGUCUCUCUCAACGCCCCUAACAAUGACUUCAACUACAUCUUUGCUUCUUUGCCGGAGUUUUACAACCGGCUUAAUAAUAAGAAGGAAGGUUUACUUGGUCGUGGAGGAGGAGAAUCGUGUUUUGUGUCUGCCGUCCCUGGCUCCUUCUACGGACGUUUGUUUCCUCGCCGGAGCCUUCACUUUGUUCAUUCGUCUUCUAGUUUACACUGGUUGUCUCAGGUUCCAUGUGGUGAGCCGGAGAAGAAAGACGGGGUUGAUACAACUGAUUUAGGCAACGUGGGGAAACUCUACAUAUCAAAGACAAGUCCUAAGAGUGCACACAAAGCUUAUGCUCUUCAAUUCCAAGCUGAUUUUUCGGUCUUUCUGAAAUCACGAUCCGAAGAGUUGGUCCUUGGGGGCAGAAUGGUUUUAUCAUUUCUUGGUAGAAGAUCGCAGGAUCCUACAACCGAAGAUAGUUGCUAUCAAUGGGAACUCCUAGCUCAAGCUCUUAUGUCUAUGGCCAAAGAGGGUAUCAUCGAAGAAGAGAAAAUCGAUGCUUUCAACGCUCCUUACUAUGCAGCAAGCUCCGAAGAAUUGAUAAUGGUGAUAGAGAAAGAAAAGUCUUUUUCAAUCGAUCGGCUUGAGAUAAGCCCGAUUGAUUGGGAAGGUGGGAGUAUCAGUGAGGCGAGUUAUGACACAGUAGUACGGUCCAAACCCGAAUCCCUAGCUCGUGGACGAAGAUUUGCUAAUACCAUAAGAGCUGUGGUCGAGCCGAUGUUAGAGCCUACGUUUGGUGAAAAUGUGAUGGACGAGCUUUUCGAAAGGUAUGCAAAGAUCGUGGGAGAAUACUUCUAUGCGAGUUCACCUCGUUACACUCUUUUUAUUGUUUCGCUUGUAAGAGUGGGUUGAUCGUGUUAAAAACACAUGCCUAAAUACAUGUCUUUGGACCUACAUUGACAUGAUUUGUAAGUUUUCUAAUCAAGUAUCAUUUGCUUGGAGAAUGAAACAUAAAAAUAAAGUGUGAUUUUACGG